AAUUCAAGCUAUUAACUGAUUUAACAUCUACAUUUAUAUUGAAUGAAAACAUUUGUCUUGCUUUUAAAUGAAGAAUUGCUUUGAUUUAAAGUAGUGAGCACCCUAUAAUUGCGUGGUUUAGCCCAAACAAAAGCCGUCCAAUCAGGGUGGUAGAAGCUUGUAGCCCGCAACCUUGCUGCAAAAGUCGGAUUCUGGUGCCCGGGGGCUUGUCCAAUGAGGUGAAAGUACUUCAUCCAAUAGGAGAUAAGAUAUAAAGACCAAUCAGCUUAUGGUAAAUUUCAAAAUUGACCAAUUGUAUUUAAGCCCGCGUUAGUAUAAAUUUCGGCAGACAGUCUAUCGUGCAGUUAUCGACAUCAUCUCGAAGACGUUGAUUGCAAAAUGGCACGUACCAAGCAGACCGCCCGUAAGUCCACUGGAGGCAAGGCCCCCAGGAAGCAGCUGGCCACCAAGGCCGCUCGCAAGAGCGCCCCGGCCACCGGAGGUGUCAAGAAGCCUCACCGUUACAGGCCCGGUACCGUGGCUCUCAGGGAGAUCCGUCGUUACCAGAAGUCCACCGAGCUGCUCAUCCGCAAGCUGCCCUUCCAGCGCCUGGUCAGGGAGAUCGCCCAGGACUUCAAGACCGACCUCCGCUUCCAGAGCUCUGCCGUCAUGGCUCUGCAGGAGGCUAGCGAGGCCUACCUGGUCGGUCUCUUCGAGGACACCAACCUGUGCGCCAUCCACGCCAAGCGUGUGACCAUCAUGCCCAAGGACAUCCAGCUGGCCCGCCGUAUCCGUGGCGAGCGUGCUUAAACAUAAGGCUUUGUCUCACUAAACCCGGCCCUUUUCAGGGCCACCCCACAUUAUCUAAAAAGAGCUUUACUGUCACAGUCGUUAUACCUCAUACCAUUGGACGAAGGAUAUCUAUAAAGCAUCACCCAAUAUAUAAUG